AUGGAUCCGUUUCUCACUGCGGUGCUCUCCCCCGAUGAUGAGGGGCAGGAGGCACUACAUUUGGUUUCGCUGCAGCCGGCUUUGAACCUUUGCUUGCUGUGGAUCACAAAUCCAUUGCGAUUGAGAGUCUUGGCAGAAAUCAGCGUGUCCAGCCGCUGCUUGCUGAUGUAUGUGAACGUCAUGACUGGUUGCGAAUUCAUCUUGCUGCUGGUGAAGUCUCCGCUGGAUUGCUGGCUGGCUUUCCUUGUCAGCCUUUUGGCAACUUGGGUGCAAGAUUGCGGUUUGAUGAUCCUCGAUCAAAGUGCUUUUUUUCGUUUGCUAGAUCUUUCGCUGAUUUUGCAAUCCCAAUGGCUAGUUUUGGAGUGUGUCAAAGGGGCAGGAGCUCAUCCCCUUGUCAUUGAGACUCUAAACAAAUAUUGCCAGCUCCGUGAUUUUCAGUGGAAAGAUGUGACGUUGCAUCUGAAUCGAGUGUGGCCAGCUCGACGGGAGAGGUGGUGGGCUAUUCUUUUGCCCUCCUCUUUCUCUAUGCCUGAGCUUUCUGAUUUAGACAUUCAUCAACCGCCUUACUCCCUCCGUGACCUCUUCAAGUUCUUUCCUGCAUGGACCUUGCAAGAAGAGCUGGAUUUGAAGCUGCGGCCCAUCGAAAGACAGGUUUUUGCUGAUGAAUCCUUUGGCAACACCAACCGGCACCUGGAUCUGAAUGGACUAUGCCCUACUUUGCUCCACUCCAUGGGCCAUCAAAUCUUUCACUGCAGUUGUGGAUGCAGGGGACCGCUUUCCUACGAGCUUCUGCAAACUCAAGGACUUCAUGGAGUGCUGAUGCAGUCGCAAUGGGAGAAUGUAGAUGAUCGCCAUCUUCACCCGCUUGAGGCUGCUUUGCUGCUUGGCCUACCGGGAACUUGGCAGUAUGCUCAUCCGGCGCGCACUGAUUUACCUCUUCUGGGGCAAAUUGCAUCCCCAAUUCAGGCUUUUUGGGUUGCUCAGCACCUUCUCCAAGCGUGGGAUGUUCAGACAUGCUCGAAGAGUGAGGCUUUGAGUGCAUUUCUUGGGCAUGUGCUCCGCUCACACCACCAGAGAUGGCCUGUGAGGUCAAUGCAUUGCACUCGCACCUUCCAUGUUGAGAGAGAGGAUGAGCCAGAUGUGGCCUUUGUGACACGUCAACCUCUAUGUGUUCACGAAGUUCAACUUGCUGAAGCGCGCUUGCUUGGCACUGAGCCUCCGUUGCUUUUUGCUGGUGAGCAUAUUCUUGAUCCUCAUGACCUUCUCAGCGAUUCGAGAUUGCAGGCAAGGGUUGCUUUUGGACCUGCUCAGCCAGGUGGUUGUCCCAUUCUCUGGGUCUCCAAAGGGCUUGAUGAUCUUACUAUGACUGUUCAGGGACAGGCUAUCUUUGACCGCCAUGCUGCACCUGAUCACAUAUUUUGGGGUCCUCGCCAUGUGACCUGCUUGAUUGACUCCUAUGUGGCUGGUGCCCUGGCAGAAAUUCGUUCUCGAUCGCAGACUUUGAAUGCCAAGCACUUUGGGAUCCUUUGGACCAACUAUCAUUGGCAGCUCUUUUCUUUGCAGCGUUCUGGCACUGGCCUUUGUGCUACUUGCUAUGACGGAUGUCCCUCGGCCAACACCUUUGACCUUGAGAUCCUCUGCAAUCGCUUCAUGCUUGCUUGGGGUUGUGACUCGUAUCAGUUGAAGGUUGAGUGUUGCAUCUCGCAGACGUAUGGUACUCAUUGUGGUGCAAUUGCGCUGGGGCAUCUUCUUCUCGCGCUUGGUCAUGACACGACCUGUGAUGAAGAGCGUUAUGUGGCUUGGCAUAAGCUUCUCCUCUGUGGACAGAAUCGAAGAGCUUGUGGACCGCAUGAUGCUGCCAUGGUUGAAUCGCUUUGCCAAAUCCUUGCACAGAAAGGAGUCCCUGACAGUUCUGUUCGUGAUCGUGCAACUUUGGCCAUCAAGAAGCUUGGCGGUCCCGCCAUUCAGAAGGCUCUGCUUGCGUCAGAUCCAUGGCGUGCCCUCAAGCAGAUACAGCCCCUACAAGGCAGACCUUUUCAGUUUGUCCUCCAUAAUGAGUUGCAGGCACACGUUGCUGCUCGAGCAUCUACCAAGCAUGGUGCCUCUACAGGCAAAAAGGGACAGCUGCCUGGUCGCAAAGCGCUGCCUGAACUCCACCUUUGCCCAGAGCAUUUAGAGCUUCUUCCAGAUCUCUUUGUUGACAAAGAUGGGGAAUCUGUGGCAACCAUUGGUGUCAAAGAGGUCGUCAGUGAUGCACGAGGAAUUGCCCUAGUCACUCCCGAAAUGGCGAAGCAGCUGGAUGACAAUGAUCAGAACCUUUCCAUUGAUGCCCUGGCUGUCCUGGUCGUUGGUGAUCACUCCAAUGCCUUUCAGCACCAUGCAGCCAGUGUCAUUCAGUACCCGGUCAUUUAUCGACCUACAAAGGAGCCAGCAUUGCUUACAGGAACACUUCUUCAACUUGGAGAUGUUGAAAUCAAGAUACUGAAAACAGCUGAUGCCCCCGUUGCGCAUGCUGUGGACACUGCAGUUGUUCGUGUGCAAGUCUUUAGAGAUGCAUAUCCGCUAGAAGAGUGGCCUACCUUCGUGGCUGGCCCGGUCAAGGCUCUUGUGGGUGCGGUGGAGUCUCUCCAGUUCUGCCCUGGUAAAGACUGUGGCAAACAAUGUGCCAAAUUCCAUCCUUCUGUGGAAGAAGAGCUUCGUACUGCGCUCCUUGAUGUAUGGCAAUGGCAAUGGCUCACCUCAGAUGCAAAGCCAUGCAAGAUGGCUCAGGCUGACAUCUUUUCGGUCUAUCUACGUGUUCCAGCUUCAGGUCUUAUGGAUCUUCUUUCGCAUAGUGGCUGGAAUGGAGUCUUCAUUGAACCCCGUCCGCUGCCAACAGCUCCUUCUUCUCAGCGUUUUGCUGUGGUGUGGCUUCCUAGAACUGCUAGUGUUGAUGAUGCCUUCAAAUGGAAGCGCCAACUCGAUCAGGUCGUUGGCCUGGCACGUAUGCGACAGAAGCUUGGUGUGAGAGUUCGAGCCAAAGAUGAAGAAGCUACCAUCAAGGUCAUCUUUCCUGACCCUUGUGUGAGGCCGUGUGUUGUCAAGCACACGUAUGAAGCAGGUCCUUUGCCUUUUGGUCUUCAUCGUGACAAGAUUGCUGCAGCAUGGAGUCGCUAUCAGCCCAUCACGGUUGCCAAGGAUCAGGUUGUCUUCACUGAGAAUCGUGGCAAGGCCUCCCAGGAAGCUCGCACCAAAUUGUCUACCUUGACAUCCAAGGUCUCUGAGCUUGAGCAAAAGCUUGAGAAUAGUGGUGAAGGGGAUGCUACCAUGUCGAAUGAAGUUGCAGAGGGCAUCACUUCUGAGAUUGCUGAGAUGCGUGCACAGCAUCGUAAAUAUGAUCAAUGGUUCAAUCAAGCCAGUGACCGCAUUGGUGCCUUGGAGACACAUCUUCAUCAACAGGGCUCGCAAAUUGCUGAACUUGGUGAUGCCAUGAAGACGCAGGUGCAGGCCUCUACUUCGUUGCAAACUCAGAUGCAGACCUUGCAUAGUUCUGUCAAGAAUGACCUCCAGGCCGCUAUGGAUGCACAAACUGCUCGCCUGGAAUCCUUGUUUGCCGAAAAGAGGCAGAAAACUGGUUUUGCUCAGCGACAUACCUCUCCUAGACCUUUCACAUUUCGCUGGUUCUUUGUGGUUUUGAGCCUUCUCUAUGGUGUUGGUGAUUGUCGCCGUGUGGGUGAGGCGCGGCAUCCUGGCCCGGACAGUGAGGAGGCCUUUGAAUUCCUUAUUGGCACUGCUAAUGUGGCAGGACUUUUGCAUCGAGCUGACCUCGUGGUUCAGCAGCCAGCAGGACUUUGGGCUUACACAGAAACUCAACUGUCUCUUGCUGGUCAAAGGCAAUUUCGUUCAGCGCUCCGGUAUGAAUCUCAGCAUGCUCAUCGUGAUGCAUUCUUUGUUCCUGGAGCUCCUGUUCCAACUCGUUCGGCUACUUCAGAUGCGGGCACUUGGUCUGGAGUUGCUGUUGUCUCUUCUGCACCAACCAAGGAAAUUCGUAUUGCUUGGCCUGGUGCUGAAUAUGUUUCUGGUCGGGCGGUUAUCACUUCUACCUGGCUGCAAUCCUUGCCUAUUGUGGGUGGCACUGUGUAUGGCCUUGCGCAAUCGCCCACGCAUCGGCGCCCAAUUCGUUCUACAUCAGCCAUCCUAGAUCAGAUUGGUUGUGGUGACUGGAAUGCUGAUCUCAGUGAUUUUGCCGUCACUGACUAUCUCCUAGCCCAUGGAUGGAAGGAGCUUCAAGUACAUGCGUGGGAGACCCAGUGUCAGCCUAUUCGGCCUACAUGCAAGUCUGUCACGGUGCGUGACUUUCUGUGGCUCUCACCGGAGCUAUGGCAAAUGCUGAAGUCAGUCCAUUUUGAGGAUCGUUAUUAUCCUGAUCAUGCUUGCCUUGGUGGUCUGUUCACUAUCCCUCGAGCACCUUCGCCUACCAAAGUUUGGCGCUUUCCUGUGCCUCUUCCUUGGUCACAUGUUCGUGUCUCUGAUUGGCAGGAGACUGUGCAAGCUCAUCAUCAACCUUUCACCUGGAAGGCUGACACUACUGCCUCAUUCCGAUCCUGGUCUGCUGGUGUGGAAAACAGUCUACGGCAGCCUGUGCUCCAUGGUCUUGCGCGUAUCCCUGCACGUUGCAAAGGAAGAGCUCAACAACUUUGUCCAGAAAUGCGUCCAACGCGCCAUUCAGUGGUGAAGCGAGCGCGUCCUGGGGAGGAGGAGGUUCUUACAGAUUUGAUGCCUGUGGUAGUUCGUCAGUGGUAUCGACAGCUGCGGAGGCUUCAGGCUCUUCUCCACACCCUUCGCAAUGGAUAUUGUACCCCUGGUUCUUGGACCACUCAAGCUCAAACUUGGCGAGCUAUCCGAGGUGCUCCUGGCUUCAAGCCCAACUUUGUUGCCUGGUGGCCCACACGUGCCAUACAUCUUCCUCAUGGGCUCUCUGACAUUCCACAAGACGUUCCCACUCUCCAACAGAUGGAGCUUCUUUGGCAUGAGUAUCGACUCAAUUAUCGCAACUUUGAGGAUUGGCAUCAUCGACAAAGACUUAAGCUGCUGCAGUUGCGCAAUGCUUCUUUGCAAACCUCGCAUUUCCGGCAGUUGAGGCCACCAGCUGCUGAUCCUUUGGUGACACUUACUACCAUGCAAACAAGUGUGAUCGUCGAUGUCUGUGUCUCCACUGGAUAUGUCGCUCUGCCUGUAUUUCCUUGGGACAAAUUUGCCACUUUUCGCUCCUCAGGUUUCGCGUUGAAGCCUUUGGAUCAUUUUGAGGAACAGCACAAUGGCAAGAUGGUGCUCUGGGUUCUUUUUGAUACAGAUCUGUUGCUGGUGCCAGGCAUGCUCAUAGACGUCUCGGUGACCACUGCCUCAUUGCCAGACAUUCAUGCGUCUUUGAUUGAUCUAUGGAAGUCUCGCUGGCAGCGACUUGCGGAUGUCCCUGAUCCAACUUGGUCCCGGGUCAUUGGUUUUGCCCAUUCGCAUUUGCCUCGUAUGCCUGCCAAACCUCAUCCGCUUUCUGUUGAUCUUCUGCAGACUACAUUGGCUACUGGCAAAGGUCUUCGCACGAGAGGACCAGAUGGGUGGGAUCGUCAGGAUCUUCGAGCUCUCUCUCCUUGUCACUGGGCUGAUAUCGUGCAGUUGCUAACAAUGAUUGAAGGAGGUGCUGAAUGGCCUCAGCAAUUGACCUUUGGCAUUGUCACCUCGUUGGCCAAGAAGACAGAGCCUAUUGGACCAGUGGACUACAGGCCCAUCACACUUUUUUCAUUGUGGUACCGACUAGAUUUCUCUCUGUUGGCACCUGAUGGGGCCUUUGGAUAUCUCUGCCAUCGAGGAUGUCAGGAUCUGACAUAUAUCUUGCAGGCCACUCUGGAAUCACAGCAGCUGACUGAGGAUCAUCAUGUUGGGGUUCUCCUGGACAUUAAACAGCGCUUCAAUUGCAUCCCUCGCAUGCCGGUGAGGUUUUUGGCCAGGCUCUUUGGAGUGGCGACUCCCACAGUCACAGCCUGGAGCUCUUUUCUAGCAUCGAUGCGCAGAUCAUUUCGGGUUCGUGAAGCUCUGUCUGAUCCUAUUGGCAGUGAUACUGGACUACCUGAAGGAGACAGCAUGAGCUGCGUUGGAAUGGUUUUGCUCAAUUUUGUGUACCAUGCAUACAUGAAAUGUUUUGCCCCCACGAUACGGGAGCUUUCAUAUGUCGACAACCUUCAGCUCAUUUCACCUACGGUUGGUUCGCUUCUGCAGGGACGAAUUGUUGCUGAAACGUGGGCGGACAUGUUGCAGCUACACAUUGAUUCGGUCAAGAGCACCUAUUGGGGUACUUCAGCUUCCAUGCGUGCCUUGCUUCGUGCCAACGGAUGUGCCGCUGUUGAAUCCACAAAAGAUCUGGGGGUACAGAUGCAAUAUGGACCACGACAUCGCAAUGAUCAACUUCAAUUGCGAAUUGGUUCCUCCUUGGUUCAUUGGAAGCAUCUUGCUGGCAUGCGUCUACCACGAGCACUGAAGGCUCUAGCCAUUCGUACCGCUUUGUUGCCUCGCACACUUCAUGGCGUUGAGCAGACUUUUGUUGGCCUCCACUGGUACAAACAGCUGCGAACUCAGGCGCUUCGAAGCUUAGGAGUUGCUCGGGCUGGUGCAAAUCCUGGUGUCAGGCUAUCCCUUGUCGAGGAUCCUCUUACUGACCCCAUGUACUAUGACAUUCGACGCAGCGUGUUGUCAUUUUGGAGGUACUUGGGCUCCUCGGCGGAGUUUCGUCUGGCGUGGACUACGCAUGUUACACAUUUUCAUGGUAAGUACACCCAUGGGCCAUUUGGCAAAUUCCUGCGAAUAUGUGAAACCCUGCAAUGGUCAGUCACAUCUGACUUUGAGCUUCGAGUUGCUAGUGGGCAGCGCUAUGACUUGUUGUGGCUUCCUCGGCCUCACUUGCACACUUUGCUCUUGGAAGAUUGGAGACAACAUGUUGCUGCUGGGGUUUUUCAUCGACAUGAUUUUGCUGGUAUUUCUGGCUUGGACUAUUGGCCUAGCUUUCAGGUUCUGCCACAGCUGACUGUGUCGCAAACAGAGCUCUUGGCCACUAUCAGAGAUGGAACAUUCUUUUUGCACAGCUUCAAGGCUCGGUUCGAUCCGGGUUUCUCGGAGGUCUGUCCUUUUUGUUCCUCUGCUUUGGGCUCCAUGGAGCAUCGAGCAUGUGAAUGUGAAUAUUUUCAACCGGUUCGAGAUCGUCACUAUGACUGUUGGACCAGCUGGCAUGAUGUUCCCAUCGCUCUUUCCCACCAUGGUUGGUGUCCUGCAAAUGAAUGGGUGCCACGCUUUCAUGCUGAACUUGAACGUCUUGAGAACUUGGAUAUGCAAUGGCAUUGUGAACCUUCGGAUUCUGGUGUUCAGCACCUAUUUACCGAUGGCUCUUGUCAACUGCCAGGACAUCCAAUUGGUCAGCUUUCGUCAUGGGCUUUUGAGCUUGCCAACGUCACUAAGGUCGUGGCCUGUGGGCUCCUGCCUGGCAGAUGGCAGGGCAUAGCACGGGCAGAGCUUUUUGCGGUGUUGCAAUCUUUGCUAUGGGCUGCACACUAUCUUGUUCCAGUUCAUCUUUAUUGCGAUUCUGCCUUUGUGGUCAGGCGACUUCGUUUGCUUCUGGCGGGUCAGCAGCCUUGCUUGGACUGGGCGCACGUGGAUCUUUGGGAGAGGGUUGCGCAAUGCCUGUCUCAAGUGCCUUGGAUUGGAGUGACUAAGGUGGCAUCUCAUCGAUGCAUUGAGCAUGCAGCCACUCCUUUUGAUGCUUGGUGCAUCCACCAUAACUCUGUGGCUGAUGUUGCUGCUGGAAUGGCUCGCUUGACCUGUGCGCCAGCGGCCUUGCGUCGCUGCUACGAUGCCAUGAUGAAGGUUCAUGAGUCGCACUGCAUGCUUAGCAGGAUGUUUCAGCUCUUUCUUCUGGACCUUGCAGAACAUGGUCUUGCUACGUCUGAGAGUGCACAACUUGAGUCUUGUACAGAACACUUUUUGUAUGGCGAUUCAUUUGUAAAUCGCCAUGACUUUGCAGAGGAUCAGCCAAUUGAUGUUAGGACCCGGCUGAGUGCGAAUUUGUUUUUUGUGCAGAUUUGGCCUUCACAUAGCUGA